UGCGGAUGAACGUGGAGAGUUGUAAAUCAAUAGUUGUGAUAUUAUUAGGAGCGUGUGUUGGAUUGUCGAGACCAACUGGGCUGGACUGGCUGGCGAAAGCCGCGAAAGCAAAGCGCGUUUGCAUGACAAGGGGGGCGUUCUGGAGGCCUAUUAACCCAGAACAGCGGCCAACUCCACACGAACCGAUCAAAUCCUCGCUCACCCACACCAUCGCUCCACGACAUUCAGGGCAGUGCUAGCCAGGUAUCUUUCCGCCUGUCGUGUCGGUAAAAGGUACCUUUCGCCCACUGUUGUCUCUGCCUUCGGGUACCUGACUUUCAUCCAGUCCGCAUUCCUACCUGGGUGGUGGAGGCAAGGUACCUGGCAGUCAUCCCCCGUAUGCGGCAACCA